GAAAAAAUAAAAGGGAUUUAUCCCGAUCGUUCUCUCUCUGUCAAGUUUGAACCGGGUGAACGAAAAGCAAAGCAUCUUGUUGCGAUUUAAAAACCCCAGCGCUCAGAAAAAUGGAGGACGAAAUGGAGAAAGUAACGAGUUCGAGUUCGAAUAAUGAAGAAGCAGAAGCAGAAGCAGCUUUACAAAAAAAGCACUUAUCAAUGCUAGACCGUCUCUCCAAACGCCACCCAACCAAAUCAACUACCACCUCCACCGAACCACCCACCGAAUCAACUUCCUCAUUCCUCUCCCGCUUCUCCCAACUUAAAUCCUCCAUCGAAUCUCAUCUCUCCGAAUCCCAAUUCAUUUCCUCCUCUGAUCCAUCUCAUCUCAAAUCACACUUCGACAAAAUCUCCCAAUCAAUCUCCGAUUUAGAAAAACUCGUCGCUCAAAGCUCCUAUUUCCUUCCCUCUUACGAUGUUCGUUCUUCCCUCAAAACUGUUUCCGAUUUCAAACGCACCCUCGAUAAUCUCAGCUCCGAACUUAUCCCUAAAAAGAAAUUCUCCUUCAAAAAUAAAGCCACUAAGGUUGUUGCAGAAUCGAAACAGAGUAUUACUCCGGUUCUGGAUUCGGUUCAAUCCAGUUUUACUGUGCGUGAUUCUCCAGGGUUUAGGAACAAAACUGGCGAGGUAUUGAUUGGGGAGUUUAAAGAAUCUGAGUUUGGGGAGUUCACAGUUUCGGAUCUUGAUUCGUGUGAAGUCAGGAUAAUUGGUUGUGUUAGGGCACUUUUUGUUCAUAGAUUGAAGAAUUGUAGGGUUUAUGUUGGUCCGGUGACGGGAUCAAUUUUGAUUGAGGAAGUUGAGGGUUGUGUUUUUGUUAUUGCAUCGCAUCAGAUUCGGAUUCAUGGUGCUAAGAGAAGUGAUUUCUAUCUUAGGGUUAGGAGCAGGCCUAUUGUUGAGGAUUGUAUUGGUGUGAGAUUUGCGCCCUAUUGUUUGAGUUACCGAGGGAUUGAAGGAGAUCUUCAUGGUGCUGGUCUUGAUGUGGAGACGGGAAAUUGGGCCAAUGUGGAUGAUUUCCGGUGGUUGCGUGCUGUGCAGUCUCCAAAUUGGUCGAUUUUGCCAGAGAAUGAGAGGGCUGAGAUUGUUGAUAUAUCUAAUUCGGAAUGUAGAAAGGAGGAAAUUUGAUUUGAAUUUGUAGAACUUAGUGUUUUUCAAGAUUUUUCAUUUUAAUUUCAUUAAUAUUAUAAUUGCUGAGAGCCAUUUGAUUCUUCUUCAGUCUAUGAGUGCUCUUUUUGUCUGAAUUUGAUGUUGAGAUUAAUGUGAUUUUUGAAAUACAACUGGUUUUGGAUAUGCCUCUGUUUCAUUGUUGUUUAUUUUUCCAAUGGAAAUGAGUAUUUUCGUAUGUA